CGCGUGAACAACUUACACGGACUGAUGCUCAGGUAGGCUAAAGAUGUGUAUGAAAACAGAUGAUUCUCAUAUCUUAAAAUGAUAUUUGUCUCGGUUUCAUACUUAUUACUUUCAUUUCAGGAGAUGACGAAAUCUUGGAUAAAGUUAUUAAAGUUAUGUAUUUUAGUUGAAUUAUGCAGUGCUGUACAAACGUCCUUCUUCGGUGACAAAACACUUAAAGGGACGUUGUUAAGCAAACCUGUAUUAACCAUUGUGCGCUUUUUAAGUAUCCCAUGCUCAUCACCCAAUGGUCAAAUGUCUGGUGUUUGUUAUUCUCUUAAUGAUUGCGUCAGAAUGAGAGGAACUCAAAUAGGAACUUGUGCAUCAGGUUUUGGUGUUUGUUGUAUAUUUCAGAGAACUUGUGGAACAGCGACUAAUCAAAACUCAACUCAUUUUGUUAAUCCUGGAUACCCAGAAGUAAUCGAAGAAACGUCUGAUACAACUUGCACCAUAUCAUUAUAUCGCCCACCAAGAGUUCCAAUUUGCCAAGUACGAUUAGACUUUCUAGAAUUCGAUAUUACUAAGCCUACUAGUGGAGAUUGUCUUGAUGAUCAACUUACUAUUACUGGAAGUAAUGUAAAUUCACCUAUACCUGUAUUAUGUGGUCGAAAUGCAGGGCAACAUGUUUACAUUGAUGUUGACAACAGCGUUGGACCCGUUCAGUUGACAGUAUCUACAAAAGGAGUUGGACGUCGAAAAUGGAAUAUUAAAUCUUCAUUUAUUGAAUGUGCAAAUCCGUCUAGAGCUCCACCAAAUUGUCUCCAGUAUUACACAGGACCAGAAGGUCGAUUUUCCAGCUUUAAUUACGUACCAGGAGAAAGUUCUGCACAAAGUGGUGGAUACCUCAACAAUCAAAACUAUGCCAUUUGUUUCCGUAAAGAAACUGGACGAUGUUCUCAAACAUACACAGCAGAUUCUAUAGAAAGUUUUAUACUGUUAAACUUGAAUUCAAAUAAUUCACCUACAGUUGGAGGUGGUGAAGCAGGACUAGGAAUCGUUGAGUGUCCAAGUGAUUAUCUUAGAAUUGGAGGAGAUCGGUACUGUGGUGCAAGACUUAAUCCUACGACAACAUCACCAAAUCCCACUGUAAACGAGCCUGUCAUUGAUUACUCUACUGGACCAUUUACUGCAAGUUUUACUACCGAUUCAGCGAAUAAUGCUAUAGGCUUUAAUUUGUCAUAUAAACAAAAUCUAUGUGGUUCUUUAGGAUAAAGAGGUGGUAUCAACAUCUAAAAAAAAGCAUGAAUAUUUAACAUUAAGACAUCCACUGAUAUGUUUUGAGAUAAUAUGGCCAAUGAGAGACUCAUGAUUUAUACAUUUAUGUCAUGAGUAUGUUUCAAAUACUAUCAACGUACAAAAAAUGCUGAAAGUCAUACCUUCCAGUCGACGCCCAAUCAGAAAAACUGCAUUUAUUUGAUCAAUACAUUUUUAAAAUAUGUGUAUUCUAUGAUUAUUGUUUUGAAUCAUAAAUUUUUAAAAUUGUGUUUUCAAGGAAUGAGUUUUGAAUGAAUUAUCACCUGAAUAAAUAAAUAAAAACGAAUAAUAUUUGAA